CGGAAGUACCUACUUACUUCGAACCAUGACGCUUUCCUUUCAUGGACCCAUCCAGUCAGCGCUUCCGACACAUCCUUUCACUCGUAAUCCGCUAAAACACAAAGUUCUAAAUUAUGUAGUCUUAGCCCCGAAAAUAUUUUUAAAUGAUGGAAUCUGACGGUUUUUUUUUAAUUUCACGUAAAGAACACGCACAACCAUAAUUUUUUCUGAGCAACUAGUAAAUAAUUAGUAUGGUCUGCAGUCAAUUACAGUACAACUAUGUUAACACUACAUGAGCAAAACAAAAUGGCAGACGACUUCAAAACGUUGACCGGCGUGUCUCCUCUCAUCACCAACGAGAGACUGAACGAAUCUCUAACCAAAUGGUUCGGUGAGGAAACAACCUUCACCCAUUGGGAGUAUGUCGGCGACACCGGCAAGGGUGAUUCCUACCUCAGCGAGUUGAUUCGCAUCAAAAUCUACGGCCUGAAUUCAAACAAAGAGUCGAAGCACGUCCAGUGCGUAUUAAAGAGCAUCCCAAAAAACGUAUCUAGGCGCUUGACGUUCCGCAGCAAUGAGUUCUUCUAUAACGAGAUCAGUUUCUACGAGAAAGUCUUACCUGAACUAUCAAAGUUCCGAGCCUCAAAAAGCGCCAAUGAACCGUUCGACAAAUGCCCGAAAUUGUUAUUCUCAUACGUCGACGGGGUCCAUGACGUCAUUUGUUUGGAAGACGAAUCGAUAUAUGAUUACGGCGGUGCCGUCAGACAGGAAGGUAUAGAUUAUGACCACGCGAAAUUGUCGUUCAAGGUCUUAGCGCGAUUCCACGCUAUAUCGUUCGCAAUGAAAGACCAAAAACCGGAUGAGUUCGAGAGGAUUCGUAAAGAAUUGCUAGAGACGUACUACCACGAACGCCUGUGGGACUGGUAUUCGAAGUUUUGGGAUCGGCUUCGGUUCAUUGCGAUAGACGCUGUCGAAAAGGAAUAUCCUAACUCGAUAUACUCGGAGAAGGUCAAGGAAUUCGCCGUACCGGAAAUAUACAAGAAGAUGGUAGAUGCCGCCACGAAUACUCUUGAUACCGGCGUCAUAUCUCACGGGGAUUGCUGGACGAAUAAUUUCCUAUACAAAUACGUUGAUAGUCGGCCGGUUGACGCGAAAAUCAUUGAUUUCCAACUGACGCGCUGCGCCUCGCCGGUUCUAGAUGUUUCCUUCUUUGUUUACGCGUGCACAACUCGUGAGCUAAGGGACAAACACUACGAUGAACUCAUUGACUAUUAUUACGACGUAUUGUCGCAAGAAAUUCGAAGCUUAGGUAGCGAUCCUGAUAAGAUCUACCCUAAGUCAUUGUUCAUGGAAGAAAUCAAGAAAUACUCUUACUUCGGGUUAGGUUUUAGCUUCGAAUCGACCCCGUUCAUCGUCUUGGCGCCCGAAGAUGCUGUUAGUAUGGAGAUGGAGAGCGAAGAGAAACUUAACAUAGACGAUUUCUGGCAGGUCAAACCGUUUAAAACUAAGGAAACGAGGCUGAGAGAAGCCAACAACGUCGUACAUUGCGUGGACAGGGGAUACAUAUAAAUAAUAAAAUUAGUAGUUCCUUCGCGUUUAGGCCGGUGGCUCUCAAAGUUCUCCAUAAAAAUAAUUCUAAAGAAUUGAUUUGGGGAUCCAUAGAAUCACAUGAUACGCAUGUACUAAUAUUUAUCUAUUAAAUAAAUAAAACAGUUUCAUCUGAAUUAGUCUCUAAUAUGACAGCAAAAUAAAUAUCGUCAAUUCAUAAUGUAUUUUUGUUGAAAUUUUAUGUAAUUUCAAAGGGACAGUGGUUUUCUUUUUUGACCAAAACUAAAUUGCAGUUGCAUAGCGUAUCUAAACUUCCUAGAUCUACCCUCACUGGCUGGCACCACAGUUUCCUGUUUCGGUUUCAAAUAUCCCGGACCCCCAUCAUUGAAACUUUAAUAAUUCAUAAUAAAUCAAUAUUGGCGACGAUAUUCAGGGUACCCGUAAUAGCAAAAAUUCUUACAGACUUUGAGUGUCACUGGUUUAGAGGCGUUGAAUCGAGGCGUUAACGCCCCACCAAUAGUUUGACCUCCACAAUAAACAGUAUGGAAUCCUGCCGGAUGAGCUAUUUAAUAGCCUGUUCGUGUGAUCGUUUCUCUAAUAGAUUUAGUAAAAAUAUAUAAUAAUAUACUGGGUGUUAGGAAACCGCAUCCGAAACCAAAAAAUUGGUACCUCCAAAGUUGUAAAUUUUGGGAAGCGCGGUAUCAGCGCCGCGCCCGCGCGUUCGUUGACCCCGAGCAUCAGCUGUUUCUGAUUUUGUGUUUCAUUGCUGGUUUUUUUUUAACAUUAUGGGACGUAAAUAAUGCUAAUAAAACGUUUUAAAAUAGUUUUUUUUUUAAAUUAGGAUCGAUUUUUUUCCGUCCCAUCGUCAAAGGUGUCAUUAGUACUAUCGUCUGUCUUCGUUUUCGGAAGCGGUCUCCUAACACCCAGUAUAUCCAUAAGAUUUUGAAAAUCGACCUUUAAUGUAUUCCAUUUAUGGUUUAAUAUCGUUAAAAUAGUGUAGUGAAUUCAAACAGUUCGGUAACGCCGUCCUAUAGGACACAGUGCCUUACAGUAAAUACCCCAUACCGUAGUUUUAUGGUAUAGCAUUAGAUAUAGGUAUAAUGUAGUGUAUAGUUUAAUAUAGCCCCACAUGAAAAAAAACAUUCUAUUAUACUAUAAUAGUUUAAGCGCACAAUGAAAUUAUCUAUUUCGUGAUUUACACACCCUGUAUGUCACGUCGAGGUCAAUGACCUAUCUAAUGCUGAGUCCACACUAUCGGUCAACGUAAUUUUCUUUUCGUCUCGUCCCUGCUUCCUAUGUUUAAUGACUGUUAAUAAGAACUAGUGAUAAUUCCCGCGUUAAAUCUCUGAUAUGUCGAAAGAAUAUCGCCACUGCACGUCACACCGCAAUUAGAAUGUGGUCAAAAUAUCCCGUUAAGCCGCGGCCACAUUACUGUGUUCUUAGUGCGAGUUUUUUAACGCUCUCGAUAGCGUAAAAGUUAACUCAAAUUUGUAUACAGUUGGAACCACCAGUUUUACUGGUGGUAGGACCUCUUGUGAGUCCGCACGGGUAGGUACCACCGCUCCGCCUAUUUCUGCCGUGAAGCAGUAAUGCGUUUCGGUUUGAAGGGUGGGGCAGCCGUUGUGACUAUACUGAGACCUUAGAACUAUAUCUCAAGGUGUGUUGCGCAUUUACGUUGUAGAUGUCUAUUGGCUCCAGUAACCACUUAACACCAGGUGGGCUGUGAGCUCGUCCACACAUCUAAGCAAUAAAAAAAAAAAAGAACAGCGCCCCUAGCGGCAAGCGUAGGCCGUCGUCGCAGUAAUGAGCAGCGGUACCCGACGGUCUGGUCUCAGCUUAGAUAAUAUACGAAACUUCAUUCCGUACAAUUUGCUUACCAUUAUGGUAACUUUGUUUUAUGCAUUCAAUGACAUAUAUAAAUAAAUACAUACAUACAAUAGACAUUGACUUUGCUCGCGAAUGUAUUUCAUUUUUGUUUUUUGUUUUUAAGAAUGAUUUCGAUGCCUGAAAGCCUUUUAUUGGUUUAAGCGAUACUUUUGAGACUUUACACGAGAGCAAUUUAAAGAUUUAAAAUUUAGAAAAAGAUAUAUAAAAAACUUCAGAGGUGUCAAGGGAGACCCGGAUGGAACGAAGUUCCUUUCGAUUAACUAGUGAAGGAAUUGUAAUUAUUUUUUUAAGUUAUAAUAAUAAAUUACGGCAUUAUGAAGAAGAAAAAAACAAUACUAUGAACUAAAUUACUAUUGUUGAAACGCUAUCUCGAGAAACUGUACUCAUUACGCGGACCAAUCGGAUACGAGCAAUGUCACGCGAUAAGCGCCUACACGUUGAUUGGUCAGAAUGACGGAUCUAAAAAGUGUCGUGACAACUUUUCGUAAGAAUUUUUUCCGUCUGCCUCCUUUCACAACGCGCGAUAAGGAACUUCGUUCCAAUAACAAAAAAAGGCACAUUUAAUUACAAAAAUAGAUGUCGCGUAUCAUGCGAAAUGUCGCUUAGACCAAAUAAUUUUUCGCCCCUCGAUUUGGUGUCUUAUAAUAUCAGCUUUCGCUUUUGUUUCUUUUUUGGUAAUGACAUUUUGACAUUUACUUGAUAUUGUGAAAAAAGAACUUAAUUUUUUCAAUUUUUAAUUUCUUACAGUUCACCAGGAUCUAUUCAACAGAAAACAAGUACAGUUGACAAAAACACAAUAGAAAAUUAUAUUGCAACUGUUUUUUUUUCUAGCUUUAGUAAGCACUAGUGAAGGCUUUCUAGCUUUGUAAGCACUAGUGAAAGCUUCGUUUCUAGAUUUUUAACCACUAGUGAAAGCUCGCUACCGUGAUUGCCAGCCGGCUUAUCAGCCCCAAUGUAACGUAAAGUUGCGAUUCCAUAUUUACCUCACGUUUGAAGUUGACUCUCUUAUUGGAUAACGUUACUAUUAAAUAUGUCCGCAUUCAAUCUUUAAGAAUGACUAUGAACCAAAAACGCUACCGAUAUUUGAGGGUAUCGUGGUAACAAUAUAUUUUAAAAGUACCGUCUUUUCUCGAAUACGAUUCUGGUAAUUUGUUUUUAUUCUGUCUUAUCUGUCGGAUAACGCAAGACUUUUUUAUUGCUGUCAACCUGGUCUUCAAUGGUUAUCGGAGGCCAUGGUCAUCAUAACGCGAAUAUACCUUGCUACAUGAGAUCGAUGUCUCAAUAUGUCCUGAGAUCGUCGUGCGCUUCAUAACGCAAGACUAAUUCGCGACAAAAACAAAAUGAUAAUCGAUAUUAUAAACAUUAUUUUUGAAGAUUUUACUACCUCAUUAUACGGAAAAUUGCAAACCGCAAAAUUUUCGACUAACAAUAAAUAGGUACUAUACAUUUUAAGAAUACACUCAAACCGAACACAUAUAUGCUUUUGACGCCUGUGCAAAGAUAAUAAUCCACUGAGUUGCUUAGUACAGAGUUUAUUUUUAAUGUUAUAAUUGAUUUGAAUUUUAAAAUUUAAUUCAUUUGUUUGUGUGUAUUUGGUUUAAGAAAUCAUGACAUUGCUAGCAUUUUUUAUUUUCAUUGUUAUUUCCUAGUGGUUUAAUAUUCAAAUGACGGACUGAUUUUAAAUCAGUUCUAUAUUUUUUAUUUCAUAUUAUAUUUAUUAUUGAUGCUUAAAAUAAAUGUUUGCCAUUUACAA